AUGGAUCCCAAGGCUGUGAGGGCUGAUGUCAGAAUUGAUGACCGUCUUGGAUUAUCUCUGAGCCGCAAGAGGACAACGGCCAGAGGGCAGCAGACAGAGGGCAGCAGCCAGAGGGAAGCAGCCAGAGGGCAGCAGCCAGAGGGAAGCAGCCAGAGAGCAGCAGCCAGAGGGCAGCAGCCAGAGAACAGCAGCCAGUGGGUAGCAGCCAGAGGACAGCAGCCAGAGGGCAGCAGCCAGAGGGCAGCAACCAGAGGAAAGGAGUCAGAAAGCAGCAGACAGAGGGCAGCAGAUAGAGGAAAGAAGCCAGAGGGCAGCAGCCAAAGGGGAGGAGCCAGAGGGCCGCAACCAGAAGGAAGCAGCCAGAGGGCAGCAGCCAGAAGGCAGAAGCCUGAGGGCAGCAGCUUGAGGGACGCAGCCAGAAGGCAGCACACUGACUACAGCAGCCAGAAGGCAGCAGUCAGAGGGCAAAAGCCUGAGGACAGCAGCCUGUGGAACGCAUUCAGGGGCAGCAGAAAGAGGGCAGCAGCCAGACGGCAGCAGCCAGAGAGCAGAACCCAGAUGGCAACAGCCAGAGGGCAGCAGCCAGAGGGUAGCAGCCUGAGGGACGCAGCCAGAGGGCAGCAGCCUGAGAGCAGCAGCAAGAGGGCAGCAGUCAGAGGGCAGCAGCCAGAGGGCAGCAGCCUCAGGGACGCAGCCAGAGGGCAGCAGUCGGAGGGCAGCAGCCAGAGGACAGCAGGAAGAAGGCAGGAGCCAGAGGGCAGCAUCCAGAGGGCAGCAGCCAGAGGGUAG